UCUCUGACUUCACAUGAAAAAAUAGGUUAAGUGUUGUAUUUUGAAAAUUCUAUUCACUCAAAAGCUUCUAAAACUUGAAAAAAGGAAAUAAUUGCACCUGUAAUUAAUCUAUAAAUAAUGAACGCAGUUAACAUCUCUAGCUUUGCGAGAGUAUUAUUUGUUCCUCGAGGGCUUAAGUGGGGUGCUUGUGCUCGCAGUUUGUCCGACAUGGUCGUUCAUCCCCCCGAAGAACCGGUCACACACUUACCAAGACCCACAACUAGAGAAAAUGAGGAUUUGAAGCAACGCAAAGCCAGAUUGAUUUAUCAGUCAAGAAAAAGAGGAAUGCUUGAAAAUGAUUUGCUACUCAGCACAUUUGCGGCUAAACAUCUGGAACAUUUCACCCCUGAGCAGGUUGAUACAUAUGACAAACUAAUCAAUGGACCAUCUAAUGAUUGGGACAUCUAUUACUGGGCAUGUGAAGUGAAGGAAAUUCCAGAAGAAUACAACAGCGACAUCAUGCAAUUGCUCAAGCUUCACUGCAAAAACUUAAAUAGAGAGUCUAGAAUUAGGCAACCAGAUUUGUAACUGGUUCUUUUUUUUGUUUUGGUUUGUAAGAGUUUCUGUAUAAUCCCUAAGUGUUGGGUAAAAUGAAAAUCAGACUGAGAUAGUGUAGGGAAAGAUUGAAUUGGAUUUAUUUAUUCUUAAUAUAUAUUUCGUUGAUAAAAGCACAGGGAUGAGCGUUUCAACGUACGUAAAGUAACCUACCUUAGUGAAAUUUUACUAUGCAAUACACAAGUUCAGAGUU